GCUUAAUGGGCUUGUUUGAGAAACGCCGGUUCCGGAAAUUCCUGGUGUACGUUGCCAACUUCGAUGAGAACGACCCCCGAACUUUUGAAGGCGUCGAUCCCAAGAAGACCACCAUGCGUGACGUGUACAAGAAGUUUGACCUGGGGCAGGAUGUUAUAGACUUCACGGGCCAUGCCCUUGCUCUCUACAGGACCGACGACUAUCUAGAUCAACCCUGCCAAGAAACAAUCAACAGGAUUAAGCUCUACAGCGAGUCGCUGGCUCGGUACGGUAAAAGCCCGUACCUUUAUCCCCUCUAUGGCCUUGGAGAGCUGCCCCAGGGAUUUGCAAGGCUAAGCGCUAUCUACGGAGGCACCUACAUGCUGAACAAGCCCAUCGAAGAGAUCGUGAUAGAAAACGGCAAAGUGGUUGGCGUGAAGUCGGAAGGGGAGGUUGCUCGCUGCAAACAGCUCAUCUGCGACCCCAGCUACGUCUCGGACCGCGUAACGAAGGUCGGCCAAGUGAUCCGGGUAAUUUGCAUCCUGAGCCACCCGAUUAAGAACACGAACGACGCCAACUCGUGCCAGAUCAUCAUUCCACAGAACCAGGUCAACCGAAAAUCAGACAUCUACGUCUGCAUGAUCUCCUCUGCGCACAACGUGGCGGCGCAGGGGAAGUACAUCGCCAUCGCCAGCACUACCGUGGAAACCGCCGACCCGGAGAAGGAGAUCAAGCCGGCCUUGGACCUCUUGGAGCCCAUUGAGCAGAAGUUCGUUAGCAUCAGCGACCUGUUCGCGCCGACCGACUUGGGAACCGAAAGCCAGAUCUUCAUUUCUCGCACCUACGACGCCACCACUCACUUCGAGACGACGUGCGACGACAUCAAAGAUAUUUAUAAGCGGAUGAUGGGCUCAGAGUUCGACUUCGAAGAGAUGAAACGCAAGAAAAACGAUAUCUAUGGGGAGGAGGAGCAGCAGUAAUGAGAAAUCUCUUUAAUUAGGAGAAAAUUAAAAUGGGCUAAUAUGAAUAUAUAAGGAACUUAAAUGAACACUGUAUGAAAUUCAAUAUUGUAAGGCCUGCUUUUGUAAUCCCAUCUCUGAGAGAUUGAAGAGUACUGCACUGGUAAUGUUCCCCUUUUGGAUAUCAUGUGUUUAAUUAUUUCAUUCUAAGUAGGGCUGCUGUCCAGAAUCUGGCAAAUUACUGACUGAUUUAACGACUAACCUCGGGAAGGAAAGGCAGACUGAACCUUUUUGGGUUU